UCAGUGACGUCAUCGACCCUCACAGCAAAGAAAAUGGCGUCCGACUCGUCUCGUAAUCCUCCUCCUUUCCCUGCAAACGACGAGCCAGAAGAGGGACUGUCUGACUUGGUAGAUGGAGACAGUGACGAGGGAGAAGAUAUUUUCGUCAAUAAUAUGAACACCUGUGUGCAGACUAAUAAAUCCAUGAAUCGCGGAGUAUAUCAGCGAGGUGGCGAGCUCCCCUCCGGCGAUGCAAGCAGCCGCACCAGCGCCCAGUCCAACGGAGUCCACUCUGACGAGGACGACGAUCUGUUUGCCGAUGCCCAACUAAGCACGGACAAGUCUGGCAGCUUUGGCCAAAAAGAGAUCUUCAGCUCCUCUGGCUCACGUCCAAUCUCCUCGUUUUCUCCGAGUCCUGCCGACAUGCCAGCCCCCUCCUUGGAACAGUUGGAGGAGGAAGAGGAAAAGGAUACUUUUGACGUGGAUGUGGCUGUCACCAACCCCGAGAAAGUCGGUGAUGGCAUGAAUGCGUAUAUGGCCUACAGAGUAUCUACAAGGACCUCCUUGCCCAUGUUUCGAAAUAGGACCUUCUCUGUGAGGAGGCGCUUCAGUGACUUCCUGGGACUCUAUGAGAAGCUGUCAGUCAAACAGUCACUUCAUGGAUGCAUCAUUCCACUGCCACCAGAGAAAAGUGUUGUAGGAAUGACCAAAGUGAAAGUGGGGAUGGAUGACCCAUCAUCAGUAGAAUUUGUGGAGAGACGACGAGCCGCUCUGGAGAGGUAUCUGCAGAGAGUUGUGGCUCACCCUUUACUGUUACAAGAUCCCGAUGUGCGAGAAUUCUUGGAAAGAGAAGACUUACCCAGAGCAUCAAACACGCAGGCGCUGAGUGGAGCUGGCUUCCUUAAAAUGAUCAAUAAGGCAUCAGAAGCUGUCAACAAGAUGACCAUCAAGAUGAACGAAUCCGACACUUGGUUUGAGGAUAAGUUGCAGGAGGUGGAGAACGAGGAGCAACAGUUAAGGAAGCUCCAUGCUGUGGUGGACUCGUUGGUCAAUCACAGAAAGGAGCUAUGCGGAAACACGGCAGUAUUUGCCAAAAGUAUGGCCAUGCUGGGGAACUCUGAAGAAAACACCGCUUUGUCCCGGGCACUUUCCCAGCUGGCAGAGGUCGAGGACAAAAUGGAGCAGCUGCAUCAGGAGCAGGCUUCCAGUGACUUCUUCAUUUUUGCCGAAGUGCUGGCUGACUACAUCCGUUUGCUGGGUGCUGUGCGGGGCUGUUUUGACCAACGCAUGCGGGCGUGGCAGCGAUGGCAGGAGGCUCAAAGUGCACUCCAGAAGAAGAGAGAGGUGGAGGCAAAGCUCCUGUGGGCCAACAAGCCGGACAAACUGCAGCAGGCCAAGGAGGAGAUCGCUGAGUGGGAGGCUACAGUUACACAACACGAGAGCGAUUUUGACAGAAUCUGCAUGACGGUGCGCAAGGAGGUUCUCAGGUUUGAGAAAGAAAAAAACAAGGACUUGAAGGCCCAGAUCAUCAAAUAUUUGGAGUCGAUGCUUCAGUCUAAGCAAAGGCUUAUCAAGUUUUGGGAGGCUUUCCUUCCUGAAGCCAAGGCAAUAGCUUAACGAAGGAGGAUGGACAUUUUUUUACAACCCAUCUGCCUUUUCUGAACAUGUUACCUCUACCACAAACUGAGAGGACCAUUUUGAGACACAAAACAGACUUCCAUCUGCUCUUGUAUUCUCGAAUCUUGUACAGUUUAAUAUUGAUGCGCUGCAUAAACCUUUGUUUAUAUUCCCUACUUUAAAAUGCAAUGAAUGAGAUUCAGGAAAGAUGAGCCAGGUCAUAGUAUUUGUAAAGACGACAUAAUAAUUAAAAGUCUUUCACAAAGAGGCAGGCGUGAGUAUCCAACGUAAAUGUUUACACUGAGGUGCAGAUUGAGAGUAACACUGUUCCUAGUUUACAUUGAAGGUCAAACGUAUGGACAGACAUUCCAGUGUAGCCAUAGAUGAAUUGUCAGAUUAUGUUUUGAUGCAAUUGAAUGCAUUGCACUGGGUAGAAAAUCAUUUCUUAAGUCUUAAGCCACUAUUGACGUGCUCAAUUAAAGACCUGGCGCAUUGCUACUGGGUAUCACAUAGGACCUAUGUGAUCCGAUAAAUGUUACAAUAACAGGGUGACAAUCUUGUCAGAGCAGUUAUAAUUGGAGGAAUGACAAGUCAGUCACAACUUUGUUCAGACUGGAUGAGGAAUUCUUAGUCAAGAUAUUCGUCUUUUGGAGCUGAUGCUGGCGCAUAUGGUUAAAUAGCUUCUUGUUGUGUAAAGCAACAUAUGCAACCUACAAGAAAUCGUCCAAUCACUAUUGACUUACUAGUCAGAAAAUAUACUUUGGUCAAGACAUGGUAUUGAUACACUAGUUAAACAGUUGGUUUUUGCAACUUUUGUGACUUUGGUUUUUCUGCCAUAUUUCCAUAAAAGUGUGCUAGCACAUGUUUUCUUGGAAAUGCUAUACUGAUGGUUGAUUUUAAAAAAUAAAUAAAACAUCAGGUUACA